AUGGCCGAAGUUCCCUCUUCGAACCCAGCCUCCUCUAACGGUAUCGUUUCGGAUUCCGCUCAAUCAGUCUCAAUUGGUAUUUUAGAUGCUGAGGAGACUCGAAGGGACAAUCUCUUGGUUACGAAACCGCCUCUAAGUCCUGUUCCCACGCAUCAGUCGCAGUUCUCGCAUCGCACUUCUGCUUCUAGUACACUCCCUAGAGUUCCUCCGACCUCCUCUCGAACUAGUCCACCAAUUGGAGCUGUCGCCAGUCUUGCAAUUAGUGGAGGGAUGAGCCAAGAUGAACUCCUUCGCCUCGGGCAAAAUCGUCCCCUUCCUGUCUCCAUCCGCUCCACCCGUGCAGCUGCUGUUGUUCUACGUGGCGGAGGUGUGCGCGGAGGACCACGUAGAGGCCAUCACACUGCACCUCCUGGAACUGUUCACAUCGGUCGGGUGACACGCGUUGCAAGGUGUGACAUUUGCCUGUCCCCACCUAGUUCGGCCCUUUGCAGCUUUAACCCAAGUCCACGUGGCUCGCCUCUGCAUUUAACUCGUGUCGGAGGUAUCAUAGCUGAUACAAACGAUCGAAAGUCCUCUCUUCCAGUAUUGCCAACGGAUCAGUUGGUAAGAGUUGGACCUGGAACUGUAGUAAGCACUAGAGGACAGAGCUACGCACGGAUAAACUGGUAUCCUCAACCAUAUAAAUCGGCAUCAAUCGAAGCCACCUCGACGUCCAUUUCGCCACCGCUGCAGGCACUGCCGAACCCACCCAGUGUUAGCGGCGUUCAAGUUGAGAGUGCGAUUUCUUCGCAAGUAUCCAUGCUCUCUGAUGGCACUGAUAUUGCGGAGAGUAGUGGACGUGCGCCGAUCUCGCCAGACGGGCAUUCAACUAGUUCGGGGUUUUGUGAGGUUCCAGUGGAUGAUUGGAGGUCUUCCCAAAUGGUCCGUCAACCAACUGCUCCGUUCGGAUGGUUUUUCCCACCUUUGGAGCCUUGUUUUGUGAAAGGUACCUCUGAGAACCUAUUGCUGAUUUUGCAUUUUAUCACUUCGACAGUUGAAGUGCCAAUGGGGAACUUAAACCUCGGUUCCUGCCCCAUUCCAUCUACCUCGGAGGAGGCGGUUCAUUUUUUCGGCUCCUCCUACACUGCCAGUACGGCUGACUCGACCACCGUCACUGCCACCACCUCCACCAUGACUGCCUUCGACGCUGUCGUGCAACACUCACCUCCCAAAGGUGAAACCACCUACCAACAACGGCUGUAUCAUCAACACAUCGCUCGGAGUGUUCGCAAUCUCCGUCGCUUUCGUCACAUCUAUGGCGAUUCACUGACCUCGGUCCUGGCCUCAACGAAGGCACCCUCCAGUGAAGAACGAGAGAACUCCACCAGUUCAAUUCCUUCCAUGCAACAUCGACGAAGUUCAGCUGACGAAGCUUUGAUAGCUCGAGCCGUAGGCGAAAGGGAUGAGCCAUCAUCACCACCAUCACCGCCACCAUCAUCAGCCAAGCUGGUGUCAAACUUGGAACAGCGCCGCAGACGUCGGCACCUCUUCAUUUCUCAUCGGUCCGUUCACAGUGAGUCGCAACGCCAAGCGGGCGAGGCAAUUCCGGUGGCAACCGUGAUCGUAGCAUUGGAGAGCGAUGAGAACAUCAAACCGUCCAAAUCUUUGUGGCUUCAUCGAAGGUGUUUCGUGUACAAUGGAUGUAUAUUCCUGAUUUCUCUCACAGAAAAUGUGACUUCAGUACUCUCCACCAAAAGCAAGGUAAGUUGGUGA